GGUUUCACCUGAUUGUAUCAGGCUUUGCAGAAAUAUACAGCGCUAUUCCUCUUGCGGAUGUUAAUAUUCUUUGUUGGUAGCGUAUACUGACGUCACGAGGCAAUGGCUGAGCUUGAGCCGUGUAGUUGCUGAGUUUAUGUGCUAAUUUCAUCUUCACCACAGCAAGCAAGCAAGCAAGCAAGCUAUUGUCACGGAGCUAACCCUCUUUCUGGUUUACAGAGACAAGAUUGCUCCACAAGACAUGAACGGAAACUCCCCAGAGCUACCGCGAUUGCGACUAGGUGAAUGAAAGAGCCUCAGGAAAUGGAGGAAGAAUAAAUUCAAACGGCUUUGGAUUUGUAAUGCAAGCAGCUUUGUGGAGUUCCAAGGAAAUUUGCUUUCGUGCUUCUGGAUUUAAAAUCAUGUCUGUUCACAUUGUAGCCUUUGGGAAUGAAAGAGAUGGAUUUUCCGAGGAUGAUCAGCAGAAAAGUUUGAUCUGGACCUAUCUUGGGAGAAGUGCUUUAGUUUCAGAGACUGACAGUAAUUUGUUACUGAACUCUGCCAGUUACCUUAGAAAUCCUGCAUUCACCGAGUAUCAAGCUUGUGUGUUUGGAAAUGUCAGAUUGGUGGUACAUGACUGUCCUCUCUGGGAUAUUUUUGAAAGUGACUGGUAUACAUCUCGGAACCUCAUUGGAGAAGCAGAUAUCAUUGUGAUUAAAUAUUCUGUAAAUGACAAGUCUUCAUUUCAAGAAGUAAAAGAUAUUUAUGCACCACUGAUAAAGAAAACACUUAGUCACUGUUCAGUUCCAGUUAUAAUUUCUGCUGUUGGUGCAAGACAAAACGAAGUUCCCUGCACUUGUCCUUUGUGUAUCUCAGACAGAGGUAGCUGUGUUACAGCUUCUGAAGGAAUUCAACUUGCUAAAGACCUAGGAGCCACUUACUUGGAACUCCAUAGCCUCAAUGAUUUUUACAUAGGAAAAUAUUUUGGGGGUGUGCUGGAAUAUUUUAUGAUACAAAGCUUGAAUCAGAAAUCAUCUGAAAAAAUGAAGAAAAGGAAGAGAAGCCAUAAAUGUCAUGGAGUUAAGCCACCUCAGCUUGAUCAGCCAGAAAAAAUGCCUAUCUUAAAAGGCGAAGCCUCACAUUAUGAUUCUGAUUUACAUAACUUGUUGUUCUGCUGCCAGUGUGUUGAUGUGAUAUUUUACUCUGAAGACUUGAAGGAGGUAGCAAAAGCACACAGGAUUGUUUUAUGCUCUAUUAGCCAUGUCUUCCUGUUGCUUUUUAAUGUGAAGAGCCCAACUGACAUUCAGGAUUCUUCUAUCAUUAGAACUGCUCAGUCUCUCUUUGCAGCCACUCAGGAAACUCUGUUUCCCAUAUUAAAACAUGGCACAUCAUGUGGUUCACCAGUAAGAGUCAUUGUUAAAGACUCAUUCUUCUGCUCUUGUUUGACAGAUAUUCUCCACUUCAUUUAUUCAGGUGCUUUCCAAUGGGACCUAUUGGAAGAGCACAUUAAAAAGAAACUGAAGAAUCUUGGGGAUGUUCAGCUUGUUCUUGAGAGAGUAAAAUGUAUCUUGAAAAUUCCAGGAAAGGUUAUCGGUUCACAAAAUUAUAGAACUUAUUUGUCAAGAAGACCACUACAGUUAUGUAACAGCUCUCUCAGACUUUUCUUUAACACAACAGUAUUAGCUGAUGUCAUGUUCAAAAUACAAGGUGCUACAGUACCAGCUCACAAAGCAGUCCUGGUGGCUCGCUGUGAAGUAAUGGCUGCUAUGUUUAAUGGCAACUAUAUUGAAUCAAAUAGUUUUUUGGUUCCAGUUUAUGGAAUUUCCAAAGAUACAUUUCUAUCUUUUUUAGAGUAUCUGUAUACAGACUCCUGUUGUCCAGCCAGCAUUCUGCAAGCCAUGUCACUUUUAAUAUGUGCUGAGAUGUACCAGGUUUCAAGGCUCCAGCACAUCUGUGAACUUUAUAUAAUUACACAACUCCAGAGCAUGCCUAGUAGAGAAUUAACAUCUACAAGCCUGAGUGUGGUCAGCUUGCUUCAAAAAGCAAAAUUUCAUAACUCGGAUUGCCUUUCAAAUUGGCUGCUUCAUUUUAUUGCUUCUAAUUACUUAAUCUUCAGUCAGAAACCUGAGUUUGAAGAUCUUUCAGUGGAAGAACGCAAUUUCAUAGAGAUGCACAGAUGGCCUUCUAGUAUGUACCUGAGACAGCUUGCGGAGUACAGGAACUACAUUCAUUCUCGGAAAUGUCAUUGUCUAAUAAUGUAAAAUAAAAAAAUGAUCUUAUUUAUGAAUGAUUGAAAGCUGUGCUUCAGAAAUCUACAACUGCAAUUUGAUAUUUAGCUGAAAUGUUGCACUUGCUAAUGAAUAACCAUGGUACUGUUUAAAAGCAUGUGAAACAUACUGUAACAUAUGUAUUUACUAAGAUGAAUUUCAGUUGUAUUGUUAUGUUUGAUUCUAUACUAUUCUAAAUUUUUUAGAGGUGUAUGUACUAAUUUGAAAUAUUUGAUAGCCUAUUAUGUAUCUAGGAUUCCAGGAGCUUGAAGGAGAGAUUCUGCAUUCUUUAUUCACUUUUUUUAGCUAUUUCCUUUGAAGAUUUUAGUAAGUUAUUUAUGAGCUUUUAGAAAUUUUAUAUUUUGUAAAAACACAGAGCUUGUAAAAAGAAGAAUUUAUUUUGGAAUUAAAAAUGUACCUCAUCCCAA